UCCUUCUUAUUAGAUACUAUCAUGAAAAAGUAGCGCAUCAAGGGCGCCUCAUAACAGAAGGAGCACUCAGAGGAGCUGGCUUUUGGAUUAUUGGCAGUAAACGGCUCAUUUCUUCUGUCAUUCACAAAUGUAUUCUUUGUCGAAAACUCAGAGGACAAAUGCAGACUCAAAAGAUGGCAGAUUUACCCAUUCAUAGGCUGACACCCAUGCCACCAUUCACUAGUGUUGGACUGGACGUCUUUGGGCCCUGGACAGUCACCACACGUCGCACCAGAGGAGGGAGUGCAGACAGUAAACGCUGGGCUGUACUUUUCUCCUGCAUGUCCACAAGAGCAGUGCACAUUGAGCUCAUUGAAUCAAUGUCGACGUCAAGUUUCAUCAAUGCUCUAAGAAGAUUCUUUUGCAUCCGUGGUCCUGCUCAAAUGCUUCGCUCUGAUAGAGGGACUAAUUUUAUUGGAGCAUGUAAUGAGCUGCAAAUUGAUCACAAGGACACAGAACUGAAUGCUUACCUGCUGGAGAAAGGAUGCACAUGGCUGUUCAACUCCCCACACUCUUCACACAUGGGAGGAUCAUGGGAGCGACUCAUUAGAGUUGCGAGGCGCAUCCUGGAUGGGAUUCUUUUGAAGGCCGCACAUAUCCAACUCACACAUGAAGUGUUGAGUACAUUCAUGGCAGAAGUAAUGGCAAUAAUGAACGCAAGACCACUUGUACCAAUCUCAACAGAUCCAGACAAACCAAACCUUCUCACACCGGCAAUGCUUCUCACCCAGAAGACCAAUGCAUUAUCUGCACCAACAGGAAGCUUUGCACCACCAGACCUCUACUCAAAGCAAUGGAAACAAGUACAGUGUCUGGCAGACUGUUUUUGGAAACAAUGGAAAAGUGAAUACCUAUCGACUCUACAGCAACGGAGAAAAUGGACUGAUGAUAAACCGAACAUUAAAGUUGGUGACAUUGUGUUAUUGAAAGAUGCUCUCACACACAGAAACAACUGGUCCAUGGGAAAGGUUGUAAGAACAUUUGAGAGUAAGGAUAAUAAGGUUCGAAAAGCAGAAGUAAAAACUGUGAAAGAUGGAAAUGAAAAAGUGUUUUUAAGACCCAUUGCUGACAUAGUUUUGCUUUUGUCAGAGGAAAAUUAAGAGUGCUAUAACUGUAAACAGUGUAAAAUGUUUAUUAGAAAUGUUAAUUGUAGUGGCACAAUUGUAUUGUACCAGGCGGGGAGUGUUCUGGCUUUUGUAAGUUAUAAGUUACACCGUGUGCAGUUUUUGUAAAAUUGCCCUAGAACUCCCUCCAGUGGUUGUUUUGUAGCAUUGUUUGUGGUUACAAAAAUACAGGAAGUAGACAGAUUCAAGAUGGCGGAAUGUAAUGCCGAAUGUUCGUGAAUUAGGCUAAUAUCAAUCGUGAAACGUUGUUGUUUUGGACAAGAUUUGUUCUUUUACGAUGGUCGAAAGUGGACAAUGGUCAGAGGCCAUUCUUCAAUAAAGCAGCAAAAAAACGGAAAGAGAAGUUUCUUUAUUGGAGCAUCGUUAUCUGGCUGUCUAGCUGGUGAAAAACAGGAAACUCAAAAGCGAGGACAGCACACUCUGUAUAGACUGCUGGAGCAAGAGAGGACUAACAGCUUCGUUCAUGGGUGUGUCAGCAUGUUUUUAUCAUCCACCCGGAGGCCAGGUUCACCAUGCUCUGCUUAACCUACACCGAAUGGAGCACCCACACACCGGGGAGACCAUUGCUCGCUGCAUUGAUGAGACAUUAGAUGCA